GUCGCGAUGCCCUCGACUUAAAGAAAGCUUCUGUCCCUCAUCACUUACAGAUCAUCCAGCCCCAGGUUCCAAAGUCACUAGCGCUUCCUCCUUGACUUGCUUCAACAUGCGUUCCGCCGUCUUCUUCGCUCUCCUGCCUCUGGCAUUCGCUGCCCCGGCUAAGCGAUCUGCUCCCGCUCCCAUCCUCAAGCCUCGGGGAACUCAGCUCAUCGAGGGCAAGUACAUUGUCAAGCUCUACGAGAAUGCUGCUAUUACCGCUCUCGAUGAUGCUAUGAGCACCUUCGAAGGCGACGCCGACCACGUCUACAACGUUGAGGGAUUCAAGGGCUUCGCUUCCUCCCUGACGGCUGAGCACCUCGAGCAGCUCCAGAACCACCCCGACGUCGAGUUCAUCGAGCAGGAUGCUAUCAUGAGCAUCAAUGCCUAUGUCACCCAGUCCGGCGCCCCCUGGGGUAUCUCUCGUCUGUCUCACAAGACUGGCACCAGCAACUACAUCUACGACUCCAGCGCCGGUGCGGAUACCUGCGCCUACGUCAUCGACACCGGUAUCUACACCUCGCACUCGGAGUUCGAGGGCCGAGCUACCUGGUUGGCCAACUACGCCGACAGCUCUAACUCUGACGGCAACGGCCACGGAACCCACGUUGCCGGCACUAUUGGCAGCAAGACCUACGGUGUCGCCAAGAAGACCAAGCUGUACGCCGUUAAGGUGCUCGACUCCAGCGGCUCUGGCUCUACCUCCGGCGUCAUUGCUGGCAUGAACUUCGUUACCUCCGACGUCAAGACCCGAUCCUGCCCCAACGGCGCCGUCGCCAACAUGUCUCUCGGCGGUGGCUCUUCCUCCUCGAUCAACAGCGCUGCCAGGGCCAUGAUCAACGCUGGUGUCUUCUUGGCCGUCGCUGCCGGUAACGACAACACCAACGCCGCCAACUCCUCGCCCGCCUCCGAGCCUACCGUCUGCACCGUCGGUGCUACUACCUCGGCUGAUGCUCGUGCCAGCUACUCCAACUACGGAUCUGUUGUCGACAUCUUCGCCCCUGGUACUUAUCCCCCCCCCCCCCUUCCCCAACCUCUACGAGUCAAAUUAUUGGCUUUGCUAACAAAUAAAACAGGCAGCUCUGUCCUCUCUACUUGGAACGACGGCAGGACCAACACCAUCUCCGGAACCUCCAUGGCCACCCCCCACAUCGCUGGCCUCGGUGCCUACCUCCUAGCCCUCGAGGGCAAGAAGAGCCCCCAGGAGCUCUGCAGCUACAUCGCUUCCACCGCCAACAGCGGCAUCCUCUCCGGUGUUCCCUCCGGCACCGUCAACAAGUUGGCCUUCAACGGCGCUCCCUCAUAAAGGGUUGGUUUGGCAGGGAUCUGAGUGGCUAUUUUGUAAUGGGAUCGCUGUGGUGAUGCUUAACAACGGGACUACGGGCGGUGAUAGAUACCAAGGGGCCGUGGUAUAUAGCUGCUGCUGGUACCAGUUUGUUGGGGGCAUUGGUUUUUCGUUCUCCACGGCUAUUCGAUUCGUAUAGCCUAGGAAGGGUAGAAAUAUACAACUCCCAUUGGUUACCUACCUAUCUACCCGCCCCUCCCUAUCGAACAUGA